UGUACCCCCUUUGAAAUCGAAACACGGAGGCUCUGAAAUAAAGCCACGCACCCUUCACCACCCUAGAGAGAGAAACAACAAGAGAGAGCCAUCUCUGACUCUGAGAAUUCACAACAAUGAAUCUCCUCUACCUGUAACUCUCUCAGAUUGAACCCUCUGUUGUGUUGUCAUCGUCAAUCUCCCAAAUUUUCCUGUAAAUUUCGAUUCCUCACAUAAUCAAUGACGGGAUUUUCUCGCCCUCGCGAUCACAGCACCUCAUCUUCCUCCAAUUCUAACGCCAGUGGUAGCAAUGUCUUUAGUUUGCUUGCACGGAGGGAGAUUUCACCCCGAACAAAACAUGUGGCAAAAUGGCAUUGGGGAGGAGCUUCUAAAUCAAAAUCCAGUUAUAACUCUCGAUCUAAAAAUGUAGUGAGAGAUGCAAGGCGCGGACUCCUCGCAUGGGUUGAGGCUGAUUCAUUGCGGCAUUUGUCAGCUAAGUAUUGUCCUUUAUUGCCUCCCCCGCGGUCAACUAUUGCCGCAGCAUUUAGUCCAGAUGGAAAAGUUCUUGCAUCCACACAUGGUGACCACACAGUAAAGAUAAUUGAUUGUGAAACUGGAAGUUGCUUGAAAGUUUUAGUUGGCCAUAGGAGGACGCCUUGGGUGGUUAGGUUCCAUCCGUUGCAUCCACAAAUACUUGCUAGUGGGAGCUUGGAUCAAGAGGUUCGAUUAUGGGAUGCUAACACAUCAGAGUGCACAAUUUCUCAUCAUUUCUAUCGACCCAUUGCAUCCAUUGCUUUUCAUGCCAAAGGGGAAAUAAUUGCCGUUGCAUCAGGCCACAAGCUGUAUAUAUGGCAUUACAACAAGAAAGGCGAAGCAUUCUCACCAAUAUUUGUGUUGAAGACAAGGCGCUCUCUUCGGGCUGUGCAUUUUCAUCCACAUGCGGCGCCAUAUCUUCUUACUGCUGAGGUCAAUGAUCUUGACUCUUCAGAUUCCUCAAUGACAGAGGCAACAUCCCUUGGUUAUUUAAAAUAUCCUCCACCUGCUGUUGUUGUCACAAAUGUCCAUCCCACGGAACAUAUUAGUUUACCUUAUGUUUCAUUACCUUUCUUCAUCAUGCCUUCAUUUACUGUUGACGAGUCAAGAGGAGAGACACUGCAUGCUAGUCAUGAUGUCUCAGUUAGCAUGCAAAUUGAGUCUUCUGCUCAAGUAGACACAAAUGCAACAGAACAUGAUACUACAGUGUCUCCCAUGGAUACAGUUUCCGAGAUGCCGUCUAGCUCUCAAACUGGUACACAACAUCCUGCUCAUGCUACUUUCUCUAAUGGAAUGGGAGUUGGCAUCAAUAACCUCACAAGGGAUGGUAUGGAGACUGAUGAAACCAAACUUGCUGAAGGAAGCCAACAUGGAAACUCUACUAAUACCUAUUCUCUUAAUGGUGUGUUAAAUGGACUAUCAAGACAGACUGCAAAUGGUGGGUUUUUCUCAGAGUUUGGUCAACUUCAGCAGUUAUUUUCUUCAAGAGACCCAAGUGGAUGGGAGUUGCCUUUUUUGCAAGGAUGGUUAAUGGGUCAAAGCCAAGCUGGUGUCCCCCCAAUGCUUCCUCACAUCGGUGCUAGUCGUGACAUUCUAUCUCAACAGAUUGGUUCUUCUGUAAGGGCUUCGAAUUUUUCCAGUUCUAAUGUUGAUGCAGUAAUUUCAUCUUCAGCAAUGCCUGGCAGCACCAGCAUACCUGGAUCUUCUAUGAGAUCAGGCUUACGGCAUAGUUUUUCACAACCCCAUGUACCUGUAUCUGAAUCUGGCAAUCUUGCUGCUUCUGUUAAUAUCCCACAAGAUGGGUCUGAUAUCCAAGCCAUCAUGAGUCGAAUCCAGUCAGAACUUGCUACAUCAGUGGCUGCGGCAGCUGCUGAGUUGCCUUGCACUGUUAAGUUAAGAGUAUGGUCGCAUGACAUAAAAAACCCCUGUGCCCCACUAAAUGCUGAUAAAUGCCGUUUAACCAUACCACAUGCUGUCCUCUGCAGUGAAAUGGGUGCCCAUUUUUCACCAUGUGGUAGAUUUUUAGCUGCCUGUGUUGCAUGUAUGCUUCCUCGUAUAGAAGCUGAUCCAGGACUGCAAGCUCCAGUACACCAAGAGUCUGGUCUUUCAAACUCACCAACUCGGCAUCCUAUCUCAGCACACCAAGUUAUGUACGAGCUGCGGAUAUAUUCCCUUGAGGAGGCAACAUUUGGAUCAGUGCUUGCUUCAAGAGCGAUUAGAGCAGCUCAUUGUCUGACUUCAAUUCAGUUUUCACCUACAUCUGAGCACAUACUUCUUGCCUAUGGUCGACGUCAUGGUUCUCUUCUUAAAAGCAUUGUCAUUGAUGGAGAAACAACCUUACCUAUAUAUACAGUUUUAGAGGUAUACAGAGUAUCGGAUAUGGAACUUGUUAGGGUGCUUCCUAGUGCUGAAGAUGAGGUCAACGUGGCUUGCUUUCAUCCUUUUGCCGGGGGAGGACUAGUUUAUGGGACAAAGGAAGGAAAGCUUAGGAUCCUUAAGUAUGAUGGUGCUCACGUAGUCAGUGGCACUGGACCGAGUUACUAUCCUGAGGAGACCAUAAUUGGAGUCCGUCCGUGAGCAAGGUUUAGACAAUGACUGGAGAUGGAAUUCAAUGUUCUACUUCACAUUAUCCGCAUUACCCAGAUGCUGUCUCUGCUGAUGAUCUGACACUGUAUCUAGUGCUUAGCCCUUGCAACCCAGGGAUGGAGCCUCACAGUCACUGGCAUUAGCAAAUGUAUAUUAUGUAUCAUGAAUGUAUGAAUAUGUACUAAUAUUAUCCUUUGUUGAAAUGUUUGUACCUUGUCUUUGCUUUCUCAACCCUCCUCCCCCCAACCCAUAAGUGGGCAUCUUUCUUCGUACAUGUGUAACCUGUUCAGUAGUUAAAGAAAAGUCUCUUUUAAUCCUCGGGGAAUUCCCAAUCUCGAAAAUGAACUCAUCUAAAAUUUUAUAUGAGUGUCAUGUAAACCUUUUUUAUUUAUAUUUUAUAACUCUGCAUGUUGGGAA